CAAAAUCACGGUUCGAAUCGCGACUUUUUCUACCUUGGCCGUAGACUUUUCACUCACUUUCUUGCGGUUUCCAGUGGUAGAAAUUUGUUAUCUAGAACUGGAAUGAUGGAAACAUUUGCUGCAUCGAUUUCAGAGUUGAGGAAUGUUGCAAAAGGAAAUUCGAAUGGCGGUACGGUUGAAAUGGAGGGUUUCAAGCAACGUGUUGACGAGAUAAUUUCAAAGGUUGAUAAGGCAAGUACAAUUGGUGAAAAUUAUUACGCAACUUUGUAUCAUGUCCCAGCUGUUAGUUCACAGCUGUGUCAGCUACUACCUUCUUUUGCUCCUUAUUCCUCUUCCUAUUCCAUAAAUGGUCUCCUAUCACUUUUCAACAUUGAGUUAUUUUUGAGGACUUUGAUUCAUGCACCAUGCACUGAUGCACAUCCAUCACACAAUAGUUACGCCUUUGAGAAAGAGGCAAUUUAUGGGUUUUCGGCUGCAAGGGGAAUGAUCUGUAGAGCUUGUAAAUUUUGGGUUGUCUACAGCUAUAUGUUGUCUCAAUUAAUGGUUAGAAUCUUAUGCAACUGGUGCAUGGCUCAUGAGCUUUUGAUCUCUGAUACAAGGAGAAGCUUUGAUUUGGAGCUAGCUUGGACAUUGAAAAUGCAGUUUCAUAUAGAGUGUGGUUUAUGA